AUGGUCCAUGUGUGCAUAUGGAAAAGCCUCCUUUGGGGAUUUUCCUGUUAUCCACAAUGUAGCCAGAAGGUACAUUGGGGAUUUCCUUGUGUGUACAUGUAGAAUACACCCCAGGGAGGGGCCUCACUAGAGAAAGAACUGUCAUCAGCAAUAAUCCUCAUUUUGAAACUGUGAAUAAUAUUCUGAGUAUUAUAAUAAAUAUGAAUAAUAUUCUGAAAGUUUUUCUAAAGUGAGAAUCAUUCAUUAAAGAUUUUUGCCUAAAAGUUAAAAGGUUGUAAACCUAGGGGAAGAAAAAAAAAUGUAUAUGUAUUUGUUAAUUAAAUGUGUAGAGUAUCAUGUAGGCUGACUUUGGAAAACAAACUGAGAACACCCUUCCAAGGGAAGGAAAACUUGAAGAUAAGCAUUUUAGAUGUGGAUUACAACUUGACCUAAGCAGCUAUUUGAAAACUGUCAUCCGUUUCCUGAAACCCAUUGCUAGGGCUAAUAUGUAGAAAUGCAGGUUCCAGUUUACUGGCUAAAUUACUAUGCAUUUAUCCAAAUUAUAAAAGUAAUCUUAUUUAUGUUACAUACUUCUCAUUCAAUAUGCUUUUCAUCACUUUUCGGUGUGUUGAAAAUAUCUGCGCAUCUAAGAUUUUCAGUGCCUUCAAGUCUUUUGAAAGCAAUCUUUUGCUAAUGGUUAAAGAUUUGUUUUCUUAAGGGUGUGAUACUGUUCAUUAAAAGGAUCUGUGAAAUAAUUUACGUGUGUUAUAAGAUAGCUAUGUAAAGUUGCAUUUGUCAUUUUUAUUUGGCAAAGUCAUUUGGUUUGGGAAUCAGCAGAUAUUUAUUAGGUGCCUUCUGUGUAUCCUGGUGGCAUAGUGUGGUUAAGAGCUUGGCCGCUAACCAAAAGGUCAGCAGUUCGAAUCCAGUGCCACUCCUUGGAAAUCCUAUGGGACAAUUCUACUCUGUCCUAUAGGUUCACUAUGAGUUGGAAUCAACUUGGCGGCAGUGGGGUGUGGUGGGUUCUGUGUGUCAGGUACUUUAACCAGUGUUACUUUCAUUUAAUUUUCAGAAAUGUAAAAAUACAUUUUUAAUACAUUUUAAUGAUUCCAUUUAUUUUUUUAAACCCUUCUUGGUAUCCUGAUUUGAACUAACGUGAAGAUUCCUAAGGGUUUACUUACUAGUUCUUUCCCUGCGUACAAACCGUUUAAUUAAAAAUUUGCUCGUCAUACUAAGUCCUGAUAUAACAGUGGCUCAUUUAGUAAAGAUUAAUAUUUGAAUCUUUGUUAUUUGUUUUAACUGUAUUUUUUGCACAAGUAAUUCAUAUCCAUUUUAGAAAAUUAUAUAUGCUAAAAAUGAUUUUUAAAUGACCUGUUAUUCCACCAUCAGAGAUAACCUCUGUUAACAUUUUGGUGUGCAUCCUUUCAGAUUCUUUUAGCGUCUCAGUCUUUAGUUUUGUUUUAGUCAAAGGCAGGCUUAGUUGUAGUAAUUCUGUUUUAUCUAGUGAGAUUUAACUUGCCUUUUUGAUUGGAAAUUACACCCAGAACGUAGCAUCAUUAUACUAAAAUAAUAAUUGUCAGGAGCAAAUGUCUUUUUUAAGCACUCUUUCUGUGCAAAAAAAAAAAAUUUUUUGUUUUUCCCCUGCUUCUUUUCAGAAUUAAAGAUGUGGUAGUAUACACGGUACAGUGCAGAUAUUGGGAAUGAACUGUUUACAAGACUGCUAAAAGACAUGUAAAAGGAUGUAUGUAAAAGUAGAUUGUCCAAAGAAACUUGAGUUUAUGUUUAGUUCCCAAGGAAUUAAAUAUUUAGCAUACGCAUUAUCUAAAUUAUCCUACAGUCAAGGAAGCAUUUUGUAGAUUAAGGAAGUGCAUAGAAAAUGGAAUGACUUGCCUUAAAACUGGAAAGUGCAUCCAUUAGAAGAAGAUUCAAUUGUGACAGAAAAUCCAAAGUAACGGAAACUUACAAAGUAAAAUUUUAUUUCCCACACAAAAGUCCAGAGGAAAGCAGUUCAGGACUGGUCGUUCAGUUUCAUGAAAUCGUUGGACUCUUGUACUGUUGAUCUGCCUUUCCCAGACAGGUUAACUCAUGGGCUAAGAUAGCUGCACCAGCACCAGCCAUCACAUUUGAAGUAAUGGCUUCACUUUCAGUGCUUCAAUGGGAAGGAGCACACCCCUUUCCUUUUUUUUUAAACAGCUGUCUUGAGCUGUAAUUCACAUACCAUACCAGUCACCCACUUAAAGUGUACAAUUCAGUGGUUUUUAGUAUAUUCACAGGGUUGUGCAACAUUUUUGUUCUUCCUGAAAGCAAUACUAGCUGUCAUUCCCCACCCCCACACUCGGUCCUGUUGUUGUUAAGUUGCUGUGGAGUUGGUUUUGACUCUUGGACCCCAUGUGUGCAAAGUAGAACUGCUUCCUAGGGUUUUCAAGGCUGUUACCUUUCAGAAGCAGGUUGCCGGAAUUGUACUCCAAGGUGUCUCUGGGUGGGUUCAAAACCACCAGUCUUUUGGCUAAUAAAGCGCUUAACUGUUUGCACCACCCAGGACUCCUCCCUCAGUCCUACGUAACCACAAAUCUACAUUUUGUCUUUAUAGAUACUUGCAUUUGGACAUUUACAAAUAGAAUCAUACAAUAUGUGGCCUUAUAUGACUGGCUUUGAAUUAUCAUAGUGUUUUCAGGUUUCAUCCAUGUUGUAGUAUGUAUUAGUACCUCAUUCCUUUUUAUCAUUCAAUAGAUACAACACAUUUUGUGUAUCAUCAGUUGAUAGACAUUUGGGUUGGUUCCACCGUUUGGCUUCAAUUAUGAAUAAUGCAGCUAUUUAUAACAGCUUAAAAAGCUACAAGUUUUUGGGUAGAUGUAUGUUUUCAUUUCUCUUGAGUAAAGAUACCUAGGAGUGGCAUUGGUAGGUCUUCUGGAAACCCUGGUGGCGUAGUGGCUAGGAGCUAAGGCUGCUAACCAAAAGGUCGGCAGUUUGAAUCCACCAGGCGCUCCUUGGAACUCUAUGGGGCAGUUCUGCUCUGUCCUGUAGGGUCACUGUGACUCGAAAUUGACUCUAUGGCAACAGCUUUUUUUUUUUUUUUUUUUUUUACGUAACUUCGCGUUUAAAUUUGAGGAACUGCCAAACUGCUUUCCAAACCGGCUGUACCAUUUCACAUUCCUGCCAACAAGGUAUGAGAGAUCUGAUUUCUCUCCAUGCUCCCCAAAACGUGUUGUCAUUUUUCUUAUAGCCAUCCUUGGAAACUCUAGGGAAUGGUUCUACUCUGUCCUAUAGGGUCGCUAUGAGUCGAAGUCGACUCCACGGCACUGGGUUUGGUUUUUGGUUUUGAGUGGGUGUGAAGUGGUAUUGGUUUUGUGGGUUUUGAUUUGCAUUUCCCUCAUAACUAAUGACAUUGGGCAUGUUUUCAUGUGCUUGUCCAUUUCUGUAUCUUCUUUGGAGAAUGUUCACAUCCUUUGCCUAUUUUUUAAAUUGGAUUAUUUGUCUUUUAAUUGUAGAGUAGUGGGAGUUCUUUAUGUAUUCUGGAUACAAGUCUCUUGUCAAAGAUAGAAUUUGCAAAUAUUUUUGCCCAUUCUGUAGGUUGUCUUUUCACUUUCUUGAUGGUGUCCUCUGAAGCACAAAGUUUGUCAUUUUGAUGUAUUUUUACAUCAAAAAAAAUACAGUUUAUGUAUUUUUUUCUUUUAUCACUUACACUUGUGCUGACCUGUCUUAAGGAACUAUUGUCUAACCAAAAGUUAGAAAGAUUUGUGUUUUCAUCUAAGACUUCUUUUUUUACAGUUUUAGCUCUUGGUCUGUGAUCCAUUUUGAAAUAAUUUUUGUGUAUGGUAUGACCCCCUUCUCUUUCAUGACCUUUCUGGGAAAUUGCAUACAACAUUUCUGGUUGCCUUCUGCUUUUUUUUUCACUGGCCAGAACUGAGUGGCGUGGCCAUAUCCGCCUGUGUGAGAGGCUGGAGAGUGUCCCUUUCAGGCAUCUAGCAUCCAGUUUAACAGCUUGAAAGCCUGUUUAGCAGUAACCUUAGUCUGUGAACAAGUAGAUUCUAUUGCUUCAUUUUAAAAAUAUAUUUGCCGACUUUCACCCACAGAGAUCUAGCAGGAGGGUUUAGCGCAAACUGCUGGCACCUGUAGUCCCAGCCUUCUGCAGCCCGCUCACUCCCUUGGUGACCUACCCAAGGAAAGGGUCCCGAGAGUCUUGCCGGCCUUGUCCACCCCAGCGAAUUUGAGCUCUUGGCGUUUUUCUCUGUACGGAAACGAAACCGUGCGCUUCGCGGUUCUCAAUUUCCCCGUGCGUUACCUUGGGACCGGGGUGCAUGGGACAGCGCCUCUGGCUCCUAGGGCUCCCCGGCCCCGCCCCGUGCGCUCCGCGCCCCCUUGGCCGGGAGCAACCCUUGUUCCCGCGGGCUGAGGCACCGGCGGGGCCUGGGAGUGAGUUCGCCUGCGGUGGAGCGAUAACACCAGGGAGCGACAGCCGCAGUCGGAUCUGUCGUGUACAAUGGCGGUGGCCUCCGGAGGCACCUCAGCGCUGGCAGUGGAUGCGCCGCCGCCCCAUUCCGAAUCGCACACCUCGCACACCUCGGAGCCCAGCUCGGACAGUAGAGCUGGUCGCCUCUCAUUCUGUACGAAGUUGUGCUAUGGCAUUGGUGGGAUCCCCAACCAGGUGGCCUCCAGUGCCACAGCCUUCUACCUGCAGCUCUUCCUGCUUGAUGUGGCACAGAUCCCUGCUGCCCAGGUAUCACUUGUCCUAUUUGGAGGAAAGGUGUCUGGGGCAGCUGCCGACCCUGUGGCUGGGUUCUUCAUCAACAGAAGCAGAAGGACAGGGUCUGGACGACUCAUGCCCUGUUCUUCCAGGUGCCAUACACGGCGCUCACCAUGCUCCUGACCCCCAACCCGAGGGAGCGGGACUCGGCCACCGCAUACCGUGCCAGGAGGCCGAGAUCCCCGUGCCGGACGGCGUUUCCCCGGACGCGAUGCGUCUCUACUCCAUUGCAGCCGCCGUGGUUGCUGUGACUUACCCUGUGUGUAGUGGCCUGCUCCGCCUGGGAGUGAAGGAGCGGCCAGACCCCUCAACCCCAGCCUCAGGCCAAGGCCUGAGCUUCCUGGCUGGGCUGGGCCUCACUGUCCGGCACCCGCCCUACCUGAAGCUGGUGGUCUCCUUCCUGUUCAUCUCAGCCGCUGUCCAGGUGGAGCAGAACUACCUGGUCCUGUUCUGUACACAUGCCUCCCGGCUACAUGACCACGUCCAGAGACUGGUGCUAACCAUCUUGAUAUCUGCUGUACUGAGCACCCCGCUGUGGGAGUGGGUUCUACAUCGAUUUGGGAAGAAGACCCCAGCCUUUGGGAUCUGCGUGAUGGUGCCUUUUGCAAUCUUGUUGGCUGCUGUGCCUGUGGCGCCCGUGGCCUACGUCGUGGCCUUUGUAUCUGGCGUGAGCAUUGCUGUGUCCUUGCUGCUACCCUGGUCCAUGCUGCCAGAUGUGGUGGAUGACUUCCAGCUGCAGCACCAGCAUGGCCCAGGCCUAGAGACCAUCUUCUACUCCUCCUAUGUCUUCUUCACCAAGCUUUCAGGCGCAAGUGCCCUGGGCAUCUCCACACUCAGCCUGGAGUUCGUGGGGUAUAAGGCUGGAGCCUGUGAGCAGACAGAGGAGGUGGUGGUGACCCUCAAGGUCCUCAUCGGAGCCGUGCCCACCUGCAUGAUCCUCACUGGUCUGUGCAUCCUCCUGGUCAGCCGCACUCCGAAGGUGCCAAGCCAGGAUUCCUCCCGCCAGCUGAGCCUUCGGAGGUGGGCACCCUGCACAUGGGCCACCAACCUUCAGAGAGGCACACAUAGAUGCACACUGAUUUGUGAAUGACCAACAUCUGCGGAUCUCCUUGCGGUAUAGACACAGCUGAACAAUCCUGGCUUUUGGAGAUACUUCCUUUCCUUAGCUUCAGUGACACCACAGUCUCCUGGAUUUUCUCCCACUACUCUGGUCAUGCCUUUGUAGUCUUCUUCCUUUGAAUGCCCACUGGAUGUGGUAUUCAAGGGCCCCCUCCUUAAUUCCCUAUUCUUGCUCUACAUAGCCUCUCGGUGGCCUCAUCUACUUGCUUGACCUCAAGUCCCUCUUGUGUGCUGGCACCUCCUGAAGCCGCCCCUCCACCCUUGACUCUCUUCAAGUUCCAGAUCCACAUAUCUAGCUCUCAUUUGGACAUUUCCACUGCAGUCCCACAAGCACGUCAAUCUGUGACCCCAAACUGAACUUACCUUUUUCCGCAAGUUAGCUCCUCCUCCUGUGUUUUUUCAGUGAAUGGCACUACCAUCCACUGUGGGAGCCAGAAGCCUGGGAGAGUCAGCUUCCACUCCUGCCCUGUAGGUUGUGCUGAGCAGCUCUCCGAGCCUUGUCCUCCCCCUACCACAGCACUCAUGUCAUUGCACAGGGAUGAUCUGCUCACCGGUCUGGCUUUCCCAGUAGGCUGACUGUAGAGACCUUGAAGGCUGGAGCUGUGUUUAUCCAUUUCUGUAUCCUAAGAGCCCAGCACAGAGCCCAAGGCCAAGCAGGUACUCGGAAUAUGUGCCGCAGUAUCAACACGUCCGGCAGAGCUGGCAUUCGCAAGCCUGCAUAUGUGUUUUUGCAGCUGUCCAUACACUUACAAACACAUGGGCACAUGGACACGCACAGGAUCGCACAGGAGAGGCAGGAAUUGGCUGAAUCAGUCCCUCACUUCUCAGUGUUGGUGGCCCCAGACUCUUCAGCAGAGUAACACUAAAAUUCUGCUUUACACAUCAGGGAAGGGCGGACAAGGGGAUGGGGGAUUACUUGUUAGGUCUUGGAGAAACAAGGGCUGUAGGUUUUAUUAGCAGGGACCAUUAAGGUGAGGAGUUGCUGGGAAGACAAGGAACAGCCACUGAAACUUCCAUGGGCAUCUGUGGCAGGACAGAGCCCCAUCCCAUGCCCAUCCUUUGCCUUGGUUUCUUUCCCU